AUGCCUCGCAUCUGCCCCGGCAUGUCUGGCACGAGUUGCGUUUUCAACGCACGCCGUGCGGCCGCACCUGUGAAUCUACACGCCCACGCUGCGUGUCUUUUUUGCGACUUGGAGCGUCUGGAGACGUUGGUCGCCUCCUCCAGUGGCAGGCAGCAGGUGAUUCGGAUGCUGCGUGCGCUCCACGCCCUCGAUGAGGGUGUCUACGACGCGGCCUUGGCACGCAUCGGCGAGGUCAGCCCCGAUGUGAUAGAAAUUGACGCAAGGUCGAAGGAGGAGCAAGAGGCGCUUGCUUGGCGUCUUUCGAUUGCGGCACCACCAACUCCGGACGAACUGGCGGAGUACACUACGCUCGUGGAAGCGGACCGCAGCUACGCGCAGCACAAGUUCUUCCCUCAGCGGCUACGCCGUGUCCGACAUGCCGGGUGGCCGUGGCGUAAUCCUAUGUCGGAGGCACUGCGCGCGCGCAUCAGGGAUGUGGCGCCCAACGACACGGGGCUCCCUUCGGCCUCGACCAGCCCCGCUGCAGUGGCCCUCGAGGCCUGGUGCAAGCACGCCUCUUGGGGUCUUUGUUCGUUGUGUGGCUCCGUGCAACCCCAGCACUUGAAGGAGUCGGCGACCCGCUCACUCCCGAAUGCAUUGAUCCAGAAGUGCAAGAAUUGCUCCAAGCCGACUGGGACCGGCGCUUGGGUUCCGUGGCCAGAGGAAGUGCCCGAGCCACUUCGUGGGCUUUCUCGCGAGGCGGUGCUGGCACUGCGACCCUUUGAUAUCGAUUGUGGCCCCGAGUGGAAGGCGGACUAUGGAUACUAUUUCCAUAGUUCUAUGCUGCGGCUCUCCUGGUCGGCCCUGGACGUCGAAUCCAAGAUCUCUUCGCUAGAUGACCAGCAGCGCAACGUGGCCAGGGAGGCGUUUGUGUUCCUGAUGCACAGCGGCGACUCUUCCUACCGCGACUUCGUGGCUCGCCAUCGUCGUUUUCUCGAAAGUUAUCCUCACGCGGCAGAUGACAGGCGCAAGCGGCCUCUCCGCUACAUCGAAGAAGAAGCGAUCGAGUGUGCCUUGUGGCCCCACCUCUACUGGCACCGACAGCUCUGCGAAACCACCGUGCGUCUCUCCGACAUCCGUCGCCAGGAGCGCCGCAGGGCCACAUGGGCUUGCGACGCGGACGAGCCUGCCGACUCGGACGCAGAGCAGGAUGCUGUUACGGGGACGAGGCAAAGCCUCAAACGCAACUUCCUGGCCAAGGCCAUGGGUCCCAUCGCCGAUUACGCAGGUGACCACGAGCUCGUGCACUUCGUCUUCGACCUCGCCACCUGGUCCGAUGUUGGCGGCAAGAAGGGGGCCUUGCGCGGAACGCCCAUGUGGCAGGUGAUGAAGGGCGCGCCUUGGACGCCGCAGUAUUGGAAGAUUCGCCACGCCGCGGCCUUGGACAUGCAGGCGCAGUGUGGCUUCCCUGUGGCGUUCUUGACAUGGGCACCGUUCGAGUGGUCGGCGCCAUAUCAUGAGUGGCUGCUUCGUCAGAUGGCCCAGCUGGGUCGACAGCGCCUGCAGCUCGCCGGUCCGGAGACCCUGCACCUGGCCCACCUGCUGACCGAGUUUUUCCGUGAGUGGGUCUGUGGGGGCGCCCGCAAAGCCGGCAACGCGUCUGCCACCUGGCGGUCGGCAUUGUUCGGUGGCACCUGCCCGGACACGGGCCGUCGUCUUAAGGUCAACUUUGUCGGCCGCCUCGAGUUCCAGGACGGGAAACGCAAGGAGGCCACACAAAACUACCAUGGCCGUGCCGCCGUCCACCUGCAUGGCUUGGUCUUCGCUGAGCGGCUCGCCCCCAUGAACUUACACGACAAGGUGUCUGCCACCAUUCCAGAGGACGGUCAUGCGCUGCGCGGCUAUGUGCUAGACGGCCAGACAGGGCGCACUGGCAGCGGCUGGCCACAACACGAAGGCCCCAGCGACUGCGAUCCCCGGCAAGACGGCGUCCGCCUUCACCACACAGCCUUGGACCAGCACUUGGGCGUGCGGGGCUACAUCCCGGAGGUGCUGGACGUCCUCAAGUGCCACCAGGAUCUUCAGCUUGGGCGCGGAGGCGGCCACAUGAUCAAGUAUGCAGCCACGUGCUUGCCCAAGUUCAGCGAUGGCCCAGGCAAGGAGCUCAUGGACGACUCCAGCAGCGCCUACGCAGCUGCCCGGAGAGUGCUCUUCACCUUUCAUCCGGGCGAGCCCGAGAUGUGGCUCCUCCUUGCCAACCAAGCCUUCCCCAUGUUCUUCAUGGGCGGGACCAUGCAGCCGAUCGUUGCCCCGCACCCGGGCAUGGAGCCGAAGCCAAAGUACGUCCAGCUCUAUGAAGAGGCGGCGUGGCGUGGCGAGAUGACGCUGCUGGAGUACCUACGGAGGGUGAACAGCAAAGGUGCCAUCCUCGAGCACAUCCGCAAGGAAUAUUUGCGUGGCGAUCGGUCCGUCAGCUUGGAAACCUUUGCUUUGCGCUACGAGACCUUCGGCGAGAAGAUCAUCGCAGCCGAAAUGGUCUCCAUGCUGAACGACAAGUAUUACGGCCAGUGGAUGGCGCUCAACGUGCCCUACCGCCGUCUGGAAGAUCUGCUGGUGCCGGAUAUCGUGGAUCUCGUGCCCCCGCAGCUGCAGUUUCUGGCGUGCGCGCUGCACUGGGCGCCCGAACUCUGGCGCAGCGAGCCGCGCAUUCGCGAACAUAUGGCCGUCCGGGCGCAUCGCGAGGCUCACAUCAGCACUGUGACGAGCAUGAUCGCUGCGCAGGACUUCUUCAUCCAGCAACACCUCACAGGGCAGCUGCAGCACACUGCAGCGGCCGCCGUCGUGCAGCGAAAUCUGGCCAGCCUCAUGGAGGUUCGGGAUGAUGAUCUUGUCUUCACCGCUGAGCAAGCUCUGCUGGAGCAGAACAUCAACCGGCGGGUCGACCAAGCGCUGCGGAUCCGGCUCGAGGAGAACGACGAAGAGUACGAGCGGCUCCUGGGUCUGGCGGAGGAGCACGGGUCCAUGGUGGCCGGGUCCGGUGCACCGGGGACCGGCAAAACGGCGGUGUUGGAUCGCUGCAUUCGGAGAGCCCAGCGCCUCGGCGCCCGGGUGCUGCUCGCCUUGCCCACCGGAGUGCAAAGAGCCCGGAUGCGCCAGCGCCACCCGGAGGCGGACCUGGACACCUGCCACGGUGCCUUCCUCUUCCACAAGCCUCUGUCAGAGGCAAUGGGCGUUAUGAUUGCCUACGACCUCAUCGUCGUGGACGAAGCCCCGCAGCUCUUCGAAGAGCAUUUCGAGCGGCUGCAUGAGAUGUGGCUCGCAGCCGGCAGGGUGCCGUGCGUGGUGUUCGCCGGAGACGAGUGGCAGCUCCCGCCACCUGACCACACCAAACACAGCUUGGUGCGGCAUCCCAAAUGGAGGCUCGUGUUCAAGGUUGAGCUCCAUCGCGUAUGGCGCCAGGGCAGUGAUGACCCCCUCCUGGAGAAACUUGCCUUCCUGCGUAUGAACAAGCCCACGGGCAUGGAAGGUGCUCGUUUCGUGCGGGAACAGCUUUGCCGUCGCCACAAGGCCUGGUCCCGCCACCAUGAGCCGACUGCCUCGGACAUUGCCACUCUGCUGACCGUGACGGCGCCCACCACGACCAUCAUUACCUGCAUGCGGCGGGGAGCUGCCUUGGUGAACUUCCUCGCUCUGGAGGUGCUCUUUGAACGACCGGGCCAGCCCCGACUGGGGCGCGUCGCUGCGGACUACGAGAGCAACCCGCUCAACUUCAAUGAGGCCACGGGCAAACUCAGGGAAGACGUGCUGCCCGAGCCGCUGCCGCUCGUGCUCUACGAGGGCUUGCGAGUUCGGCUGACUCGGAAUAUGGACAAAAGCCAUGACUUCGUCAACGGGAUGUUGGCCACGGUGCUGUCCUUCGAUGGCCUCAAGGCGGCGAUCGUCGUGGAGACGGAGACAUCGGAAGUUCUUUGCAUCUAUCCCGUGACGGACGAUAGCCAUCCGAAGGGCCGUGUCACCUACUACCCUAUCCGCCCAGGGUACGCGGACACUGUACAUAAAUUUCAAGGAGCUGAGCUCCCGCAUGUGACUUUCUGGCCUGACCGCGCAGGCUGCCCCGCUGCCGGCUAUGUGGCUCUGUCGCGUGUCCGCAAGGACAGCGACUACGUGUUGGGAGGCUGUGUCACAGCGGACCAUUUCCUGCCUGCGAGGUAA